CAAUAUAUUUUGUUAUGAGUGACAUGGAAUUCCCGUCAAAAUUGAUGUGUAGAUGAGCUGAGUUAUUAAAGGGGAUCGUAGAAAGGAUUGUAGAGAGAAAGAUGAUUAAGCAUAGCUCCUAGUAUUCCGAGCUUGGUAAAAAUGAUGCGAGGGCACAAAAUCUGUACAUUUAUGUACCGGUACAGGAAGAAAGAAGUUGUUCGUUCAGUUUACUUUACGAUGGAGAUGCUGUGGGAAUGAGGAAAUGAGUUGGAUAGUGCUCAGGCGUCUUCGCCCUCGCUAUCUCCCUUCUCGCUUUUAUCGUCGUCGGACUUGGAUUUCUUCUGGUCUUCGGGUUCGUCAACCGCCAUGUCGGUGUCGUUGCUGUCUUUUUUUUCUUCGGUAUCGGCAUUUUCGUCGCUGUCUUUUUCUUCUUUCGUGCCUUCAUUUUCGUCGCCAUCUUUCGUUUCAACCAUUGGUUCUGGUUCCACUUUGUUGGCUGUUGAUGCAGUAGCUUCCGCUGCCGCUGAUUCAGAUGAGACUGCUUUAACUUGCACUUCUUUCGUUGACUCGCCGGUAGGAUCAUCUUGUUGGCGCUGUUCCAUACGGUAGUAUUCCUUCAUGGCCUCUUUCUGCCGAAUAGAAUCUUCCUUGGCAAGAUCUUGAUAAUAUUUUCUGUCGUCGUCAGGGAGUGCCUUCCAUCUGGCGCCGACCAUUUGUGCAAGCAAACGGAAACUGAUUUUUCCAUGCGUCUUGCGGUGCGCUCUUCGUUUCCGUUGCCCAGGAAGCAAGGGUCGCAGAAAGGCUUUCGGAAUCUUUCGCUUCUUCGAAUCACCUUCCUUGCUAGCUUCAUCACUGUCCUUCUUUUCUCCCGAUUUUUCGUCACCUUCGUCCGAUGUCUUGUCUUUGUUGUCAGCAUCCUCUUCACCUUCCUUCUUGGGAUCCUCUCCUCUCUCGAGAGCUGCCUUUUCAUCAAUCUCCUUGAGAAUUCGUUCUCGUUCUUCAGAAAAGAAGAGAUUGUAAGCGCUGAGCGGUCGACGAGGUUUGUUCGUCGGUGUCUUCUUGCGAGCAGGAGCUCGCUUCUUCUUCAGGUUGACUCCAUUUUGCAACUGGCUCUGUUGGAGCUGUCUGUGCUGCAAUUGUUCCCGAAGCAAGAGUUUUUCGGUAUGGGCCUGGGCUUGAGCUAGCUGCUCUCUUGUGUGUCCGUAAAGGUUCAGGUCCAUCAAACGUUCUCGGUCCAUGAAGGAAGAUCCUACCAUGUUUGGAUGCACGCCAGGGAAAACCCCGGCUUGCAUUCCCACCAUCCCGGCUUCUUGUUGCCGCUGAAGAGCAAGUAGGCGGGAAGAACCCGAAAGAUCCACACGUUGUGGGUUGAGGUAAUCGGAGGCAGAGGCACCCAUCGCUCCAUAGGCAUCUUGAUGGAAAGGAUCUAACAUAGAACCCAUUCCGUUCAUGGCACCCAUUCCAUUCAUAGCACCAAGUCCUCCCAUGCCGUUCAUUGCACCCAUGCCGUUCAUUGCACCCAUGCCGCCCAUGGCACCCAUGGCGCCGAUGCCGCCAAGACCACCCAUGCCACCGAACAUGCCACCAGCAGGAGCGCCCAUGUUACCCAUGGCUCCCAUCAUGGAGCUUCGCCUCACUCCAUCGAGGGAGCUUCCUGGGCCUCCGACCAUCCCAUUCGAAGCAUUGAACGGGGAAAUACUUCCAGAUCCACGUGUCUGAUUGGGCGAGCGAUUGCCACCCAGGGGAUUCGCACCAUUUCCAAGGUUAUUUCCAGAGGCAUCAGAAAAGCCAUUGAUCAUGGUGGCUCUUCGGUCAUUGCCACCACCCGUAGCGCUCAUGAGGGAAUUGCGACGGCUGACAACUGUCGCUUGUUGGUCUCGAAGUUUCUUGAGCUGUUCUUCGUCCGAUCUCAUGAGGUGCGUCGUGGGAUUUCCAGAUGCUCCCGACGAGUCAACUCCCGAGCCGAACCGGCCGUCGUCUCCAGGAGCACCACCAGCACCUCCGCCCAUUCCUUCUUUCAUUUGCUGCUGACGCCUACGACGUUGGUAGAGGAGUUGCAAGAGGAGUUCUUCUUCGGCUGCAUCAUUGCCUCCAUUUCCUGUGUUGUUUCCGCCAUUCUGCUGCGAUAAGUUGCGUUGCUGUUGAUUUUGCUGCAUCAUAGAGGAUGAACCAUCAGUUCCCAUGCCACUCGGGGCAUUGGAUCCUGCUCCUCCAGAACUUCCUGCUGAUGAGGAAGCCUUUAAUCUCCGGAGGAAUUCUUGAUCAACGGAUUGGUUCAUCGACGACGACAUCUUGGCCAUCCACUCUUCGUCGGAUAGAUUGUUUCUUGAAAAUUCCAUCAUUGUUGGUCGAAAUGGCUAUAAUCUUUGAUGCGAGUAUCGCUCUUAGAUGAAUGUUUGAGAGGAUGAAGUUCGGCGUAUGCUGCAAUAUACAAGAGAGUCAGUUCCGGUCAAACAUGGUGAGAAAGCCCAUCGUUGUAACAGGUACACUUAGUUUCAACUGGGACAAAUGAAAAGGGUUGAUUAACGUAGCUGACGGCCUCAUUCGAUACAUUGUGGGGGUAGGAUAGUCGAACGACAUAACUUACMCUCUGUUUCCUUUCACUGAGUGUGUUGUUUUGUAUUGACGUACAACAAGGUAAUAGUGCGAUUGAAUUACGCUUGUUUUUUUUUGGGGCCACGAAAAAUAAAAAAUGUGAAGAAAUUUAUGUGUUUUUCAGCAUAAUGUUGCUUAUGUUUUAAUGCAGAAUAGCCGCUGCUGCUGAAAAAUGAACUAUUACAAGGCGUGCUCAAAAACGAUUUGCUUGGAAAUACUUUUGAAUGGCGGUCUAUGUAUUCCUUCAAGUUCGAGUGUGUAUGUCAUCCUAUUGAUCAACGGGGGUACAAGGCGUAGCAUUAUGCCCAAUGUUUGGCUGUGAUUGAAGAUUCAAAACAUCUCUGAAAAGCUGAAAGCUUUCAAGCACGUUCCAUCGUUCUAAUCUAUUCCUGACCAUUAUUUAAAAACAAAUUUUAAACUUGAUU